AUGGCAAAGAGUAGUUCCAUUCUGUUCAUUGUGGCAUUCUCGCUACUGCUACGAUUGGAGAGGUGGACUGUGUCACAACUGGUCAUGCAAAGAGAAGAGCAGGCGCUGAACCAUCCUCUAGAUAUGGUAGCCCAUGUGCAACCUUGGAUGCUUAUCCCGAUUGUACCACUUAUAAUUGUAUUUGAAGGAGCGGAACUCUCCUACGAUAGUAUACUGUAUUUGAACGGGCAUUAUGCACCUGUGCAAAUCGCUUUACUGGUGAUAUGUGGCGGCUUACUUGCGUUUUGUAUGGAAAUGUCAGAAUAUCUACUUCUUGUUCACACAUCGGGAAUUACCUUGAACAUAUUCGGGAUUUUG